AUGGCGGCCGUACAGCCGGUCGUCACGCCGGCGUGGGUGGUAGGCUUGUUUAUGACGGUCGGCGUGCUCUUCGUACCGCUCGGAACCUGGCUCAAGCUCAAGUAUGCCGACGUCGUGGAGCUGACCCAGCAGUACGAGGGCUCGGGCACGACCGUCGACGACUGCUCGAUAUCCGAGGCGAACGAAGGGAAAGAGGUGAAAUUCAGCAUCGACAAAGAUAUGAAGGGUCCCAUCUAUGUCUAUUUUGAGCUCCGGAAGUUUUACCAAAACCACCGGAGCUACGUCAAGUCGCGGAGCUUCGAUCAGCUCAAGGGAGGGGUUCCUGGAGCCGGCAUCUGCAGCCCCCUAGAGAGCAUCGACACCCUCGAUUUGAACCCGUGUGGUUUGGUGGCGAAUAGCAUGUUCAACGAUGUGAUUGUUGUGGAUAGCGCGCCGGAGCCGUACGAGUCCCUCUCCCCGUACGAGUACAUGGACGAGGGCGGAAUAUCGUGGGUCACGGACCGAGAUGGGGACUUCUCGCAGCCCGACGGCUUCGUGAGGGCAGAGUGCGCUCCGAGCGUAAGCUGCGAGGACUGCUUAGGGUCCGCGGCGUACAGUGAUUGUGGUAGCUUCACAGACCGCACAGGCACAAGCUACAAAUACUGGUACCCAGAUGAGGCGUCAACGCAGUACCUCUACGAGACGUACCCGAAUGUGAUAAGCCCCGUCGAUGGUGUCACCGACGAGCACUUCGUGGUGUGGAUGCGGACCGCCGCCCUGUCGACGUUUCGAAACCUGUACGGUCGAAUCGAGCACGACUUGGUAGCCCCCGCCGAGAUCACGUUCAACGUGACCGCGAGUGAGAAUCUGUGUGCUUUCGUGUGUGCCUCUCUCACUAGCGCAAAUGACGCUGACUGGCCGACACAUGGCAGCGGCCCUUGA